AUGCACCGCGCAGUAUCAAGGCCAUCCGGUCUUAGUGCUGCAGAGCAAGCAAUCCGCGAUGCACUCGUUGCAAAAACCCCGCCGAAGCCCGAACCGACAUCAGAAGUAGAAUCUGAAAACAAGCUAGCAUCAGGGCAGAAGGCAGAGGCGGGCGCCGCGUUAGAUCACCAACCUAGGCAAGAUUCGGACCCGUUUUCGGGCCCCACGGGUGACAAUCCUGCGGCCAAGGUCACCAGUCGUUGGGGAUGGGGUAAUCGACAAGGUGGAAAGCCGUCAGGUCUGAGUGCCGCCGAGCAAGCAAUGCGAGAUUCGAUUGUUGCGAGAAGUACGCCUACACCAUUUCCAGGGCUCGGAGUAAAGCGAGAAACCCCAGGACCAUCGGAUCGAAUUCCCGGGACCCCAGCGCGAUCUACACCUGUUAACCCCGAACGCAAGGCGUCACAGCGCCAACGCUCGAAACCGGAUGUCAGGAGGACACCAGGGGAUUCAACCUCAUCGGCACAGAAAGACCCUAGGUUGAACUCGGAUUGGACCUGUUUUAGAUGCGGCGCUCUUGUCUUCGCAAAACGACCCAUGUGCCCGCGCUGUGGGGGUCGACGACCAAGAGAAGAUAUGGAGAAGCAGCAACGGCCAAAAGAACGACCGCAAGACAGGAGGGAACCAAGAGCCCCGCGAAAUAAUCAAAGAACCGCGGUCCCCGCUUCCUUGGCCAAGUCCAACGAGUUAGGUCGCUCGUCUCUCGUUGACACUGAGGAAGACGCCAAAACUUCAAAAGAGAGCGCGCGGGAUAGUGAAAAGGAGGCAAAGUCCCAAGCGGAUGCUGCAUGGAAGAAGAACCAGUGGACUUGGGACAUGUCAGUCCUCGAUAAGCUAGAAAGCGGGGCGACUGAAGAGCCCUCCGGGAUGCAGAAAAAAGACAAGCGCAAAAAUGGUCAAAGGGGCCGGGAAGACGAGGAUGACCAUGAUGAGGAUAUCGUGCGUCGCCGUGAGGAGAAGAAGCGCUUGAAACAGCAACAAAAGAAAGAAGCAGAAGCCGCGCCCUCCCUCUUUACCUUCCCGAGUUCAUCACGCAUGGAGGAAAUGGGGUUUGAAGAUGUCGGGUAUAACCACGUCUUGGAUGCCGAGACGGCAGGGCUGGUUGCUGCGGAGUUCAACUACGAGGCUAUCUUCGAUACUGGGGCGGAAGAUCUGCAGGCUGCGCCUAUGCCAGAAGAUACCACUCAUCUCCCCCCUCGGCCCCCGGUUGUGACUAUCAUGGGUCACGUUGAUCACGGGAAAACAACCAUCCUCGACUGGCUACGCAAAUCAUCUAUUGCCGCCACGGAACACGGCGGUAUCACACAGCACAUUGGCGCUUUCUCAGUGGCUAUGCCCUCCGGCAAGACGAUUACCUUCUUGGACACCCCCGGCCACUCCGCAUUCUUGGAAAUGCGGCGUCGCGGAGCGGACGUUACCGAUAUUGUCGUCUUGGUCGUCGCGGCGGAUGACAGUGUCAAGCCUCAGACUGUUGAAGCCAUCAAGCACGCCACUCAGGCCAACGUCCCCAUCAUUGUUGCCAUCAGCAAGGUCGACAAGGAAGGCAGUAACCCGGACCGUGUCAAAGCGGAUCUGUCUGCCAACGGUGUUCAUGUCGAAGACUACGGCGGAGACGUCCAGGCCAUUCCUGUAAGUGGUAAGACCGGCACCGGUAUGCUCGACCUGGAGGAAGCCAUCGGGGCUCUCUCUGAGAUGCUGGACCACCGCGCAGAUACCGCCGGUAACGUGGAAGGCUGGGUCCUGGAGGCCUCUACGAAGUCUUACGGUCGUGUGGCUUCGGCGCUUAUCCGCCGGGGCACCUUACGGCCUGGCGAUGUCAUCGUGGCCGGUACGACGUGGGCUCGUGUACGGACACUCCGGAAUGAGGCUGGCGUGGCGGUUGACGAAGCUACUCCUGGGAUGCCCGUUGAGAUCGAUGGCUGGAGGGAGCAGCCUGCUGCCGGUACCGAGAUCCUCCAAGCAGAGACCGAGCAGAGGGCCAAGGAAGUGGUGGAAUAUCGUCUGGAGCGUUCUGAAACGCAGAAGAUGGGCGAGGAUAUGGCUGCUCUUAAUGAGACGCGGAAGGCGGCUGCGGAGAAGCGCAGGCUCGAGAAUACAGAUCCUGAUGAGCUAUCCGAGGUUGCGGUGCAGUCGACCGGUCCAAAGGCCAUCAACUUCAUAGUCAAGGCCGACGUGGAUGGCUCCGCAGAAGCCGUGUUGAAUUCGAUGGCCGCGAUUGGGAACAACGAAGUCUACGCAAAUAUUCUUCGCUCGGGUGUCGGCCCUGUAACGGAGUUUGACAUUGAGCACGCAGCCACCGCGGGCGGGAAAGUGAUUUCCUUCAACAUGGCCAUUGAUCCGCAAAUGAUCCGAUUGGCCGAGCAAGCGGGCGUGAAGAUCAUGGAUCACAAUAUCAUCUAUAAAUUGAUCGAUGAUAUCAAAGAAGAUCUCAGCUCUCAUCUUGCACCCAACAUCACCCACCGCGUUACCGGUGAAGCUGAGGUUCAACAGCUGUUCGACAUCACCAUUAAGGGCCGAGAGAAGAUGUCGAUCGCGGGUUGUCGCGUGCGCAACGGUAUCAUCCACAAAUCGCGCAAGGUUAGGGUUCUGCGGGGCGACAAGACGAUCUACGAUGGUGCCAUGACGUCGCUCAAGAACGUCAAGAAAGACGUCACCGAGAUGCGCAAAGACACGGAAUGUGGUAUUGCCUUCGAGGACUGGGCCGAAUUCGCUGUCGGUGAUCAGGUCCAGUGUUACGAGGAGAUCCACGAGAAGCGCUCCCUGUGA